GCCGACUCGGCGCGCUCGCCGCCUCUUUACAACUACAUCGGCUUACGAAUGAGCUUUUGAUUUGUUUAACUUUUAUAAAAGUUUCCUUGUAAAGCUGUUGACUUGUUUUUAGUAAGAAAGGUGCAGUUCCGUUAAGAAUAACCGUAUCUACGCCUUGUUAUAAGGGUCUACCAUGAACGGUUCGGGGCCGCUGCUUCCUCACAGUUACACUUCAGCACAGAUACAGAAGAAGGACAACGUCUCCAUGAACCAGUCAUUGGCAGCUGCAAUUGGCUCAGCGCCUGUCUUCAAGGCUGGGAUGUCGCCGCUGCUAGGCCCCGAGAACACGCUAUGUGAGUGUCCAUUCUGCAGCGCGAGCAUCAAGACCGCGGUGCAGUAUACUACUACAUCACGCACUCAUAUGGCCGCAGCCCUUUGGUGCUUGGCAUGUUGCCUGUGCUGCGUGCCAUAUGGAUCGGACUCUGCCAAAAACGCGGACCACUACUGUCCCAGCUGUCAUAGAUACUUAGGUACAUACGAAAAGUAAGAAAAUAUAAACUUGAGUGUAAGUUUACU